AUGGAUGUGAAAACAGUGUCAGACCUCCUGGCAUGGACAUCCGAAGAAAAUUACGAGGUCGUCCUGUAUCAGCUGCCAGCCGCGUUGUCUCUCUUGUCAGACCUGAGUCGGCCAUACUUCCUGCCCAGAGUGCUGUCAGAGCACGGUCACGAGGAUCAGGCUCUGCGCAUUCGUGUGAAAACCAUGUUUCCGAUGCCGUGGGUCAGUUUUGGGCACCAGUCAGACUCGUCAGACACCAUCACGGGCAAAAAAUGUCAGACGAUGCUGCUGGCACACACAAUCUGGAAGAACAAGGACAGCUGGGCAUUCUUGCGUCAGACAAGCCUCUGUGAAGCCACAAAGUCCGCCACAGUCGUUGUGGUGCACUUCAGUGUGCCUUGUAACAAAGGCACAGCGAUGGAGCUAUCCUUUGCGUCAGACGUGGAUGCCAACACAGUGUUUGAGGGCAAGACAUUGAAGCUACAGGACUGGUUUCCGACCUCCGCUUUGCUGCAGUCAGACUCCACAGGCUACAUCUGCAUGUCUCUUGUCAGACACAGCAUUGUCAUGAGCUUAAGUUUGUGCAUCGGGGCUAACAUGUGGUGCGACAAGGAGAAGCCGUCCAUGGGCUCCGAAACCAUCAAGAAAAUGAAAGACGUCAAUGCCUCUUUGCACCGCUGCCUGGAAAAUUGGAUUUCUGAUGGUGGUUGCAACAGCAAGACAGAGCAGAAAAUGCAGAAGUAUGACAAGGACGAGCUUCAUGAACAAUCUCGCUCAGGUGCUGCCCGACCUUCUUCGGCGGCAUCGAGUAGCAACAUGAAGGAAGCGUCAGACGCAGUCAUGGCCGAGAAUCAUGAAGUCGACCCGCCUGUUCUUGUCAGCCAGAAGCGGCAACGAGUGCAGGACGCGAUCGCGUAUCUGGACAGGAUGAAGCCCGCCAACCAGAGUGCGCUGUUCAUGGAUGCAGCUCGUAAGAAGGUGCGAGUCAUUGAUUCCGGGCUGGAGACUGUGGCUUCUUUUCUGACACCUGGAAGUACAAUGCUGACUAAGACAAAACGUGAUGUCAGACAGAUGACGUUGGGCGAGACGAGCCGCCUGCAUGGCUGCUGUUUGGACUUUAGUCUGUGCAAGCCGUCAUACAGUUCGCACACACUGGCCAACAUGGCCUCAGUUCCCACAGCUGCGACAAUGUUGCUCCUAGCCUGUCAGACCAUGGCCUUGGUCAAAGAGAACGACAUGUGA